AUGAGGUAUUCAUGGUCCUUCUUCAUUUCUUUUCUUCUUGCUUUGUUGCUGAAUGUGAGCAAUGGACAGCCUCUGGUACCUGCAUUGUUCAUAUUUGGGGACUCUGUUGUUGAUGUGGGCAAUAAUAAUCACAAACUUACAUUAAUAAAAGCAAACUUUCUUCCUUAUGGAAGAGACUUUGAAAAUCACUAUCCAACAGGAAGGUUCUGCAAUGGAAAGCUUGCCAUAGAUUUCACAGCUGAAGUUCUUGGAUUUACAUCUCAUCCCCCAGCUUACCUUAACUUGAACACCGAAGGAAAUAACCUCUUGAAUGGUUCCAACUUUGCCUCAGCUGCUUCUGGUUACUAUGAACCCACAGCCAAACUAUAUAAUGCAAUUCCAUUGAGUCAGCAACUAGAAUACUACAAGGAAUGCCAGAAAAAAUUGGUGGAAGCAGCAGGAAAAUCAAAUGCUUCAUCAAUUAUAUCCGAUGCUAUAUAUCUUGUCAGUGCUGGAACAAGUGAUUUCAUUCAGAACUACUACAUAAAUCCUUUGCUUAACAAGUUUUAUACAGUUGAUGAAUUCUCAGACACCCUCUUGCAGUCCUAUUCAGACUUCAUCAAGAGUUUACAUGCACUGGGAGCAAGGAGGAUCGGUGUGACAUCAUUGCCUCCUAUAGGUUGCUUACCUGGAGCCAUCACUCUCUUUGGUAUUACUAGCAACGAAUGUGUUGCCAGAUUAAACAAUGAUGCAAUUACCUUCAAUGAAAAGCUCAACACCACAUCUCGUAACUUGAAAAACAUGCUUCCAGGCCUCAAUUUGGUUAUCUUUGAUAUCUACCAACCUCUCUAUGACUUGGUCACCAAGCCUUCUCAACAUGGAUUUUCUGAAGCAAGGAAAGGUUGUUGUGGAACAGGGUUGAUAGAGACAUCUAUAUUGUGCAAUAGGUAUUCCACAGGAACAUGUACCAAUGCAUCUGAGUAUGUAUUCUGGGAUAGUUUCCAUCCUUCAGAAGCUGCUAACAAGGUUUUGGCUGAUAGUUUGGUUGCUGCUGGAAUCUCUCUCAUAUCUAAUCAAACACUUCACAAUAUAGUCUACACGGGCGUUGUUUGA